GGACAUUUGUAUCUGCUUUCACCGUGCUGUGUGGAGCCCGGACUGACCUCCCCGACAGACACAUGUGUUGUGUCUUCUGGCUGAACAUUGCCGCCGCUCUCAUUCAGAUCCUGACAGCAAUCGUGAUGGUUGGCUGGAUUAUGAGUAUAUUUUGGGGGAUGGACAUGGUCAUUCUCGCAAUUUCACAAGGCUACAAGGAACAGGGGAUCCCACAGCAGCUGUAGUGGCUGGGACAAGUAUGUUCAGAGAAACACGGCAAGAGAUUUCCUUUGGCAGCUGUGGGCCAUGGACCUUUUCAUUACCCUUUGUCUUUCUUCUUCUUCCUUUUGU